AGCUCGUUCUGACAAGUCUAACUAAGUCAGCACACACACACACCCAAAGAGUCACACAGAGAAGGAAAGUUAUGAAUUAAUCCACUGCAUAUGUUUUAAGUAUAAUCAUGAGUUUUGAUGUGUUUUAUUGAAUCAUAGGAUUAAGAAACAACGCUGCAUAAUUAAAGCAUUAGAUGAUUGAGUGUUUUUUUUUUACUGAAAGUAUUUUGAUAUGUUGUCUUGCCACAUGAAACUGUCUCUAGGGAACACUUCCUGAAACUAGCAACUGACCGCAGGGUGCAAAAGAUGUGUUGUAAAAAAUGUUGUUUUGCAGGAACUAACAAAGAAGGACGGAGUCAGAUAAACGUGGUUCACGGUGAUUGGUUGCUAAGGAGCAAUACUCCCCAGAGAAAAGGAGGAGUCAGAAGAUGAGAACGACGUCAAAUACUGAAUAAAUAUGUGUGUUUUUGAAUAAUCUGGGUUGUUGGCUUGUGGUGGAGAGAGGAGAACGUCUGACAACCCAGCGCUGUAAACCUUUUACAUCUGAUUAACAAAACUUCAGUUUAGAGUCUUGAAAAGUUUCUCUGCAAAUUUUUGAACAUGCAGGACUGCCUCUAAAGUCCAACAGUGGCUCUUCCUUGAACAUGUAAGGGGAGGCGUGGCCUAGCAAAGUCCGGAGAGAGAGAGACAGGAGACUGGCGGGAAACGUGUUUGUACCUCUGAGUGCAGAUGAGGAAACGAUCGCACUUCAGUCGGAAUUGGAGGCCGUGGAGAAGCAGAUUUCAGGAUCUACUAGAGAAGCAGACACGGCUGCGAGAACGUAAAACGGCGCUGGAACUAUCCCGAGCUGACGCUCGCAAAUCCGCGGUAAGUUUUCAUCGCGAUUUUAAUACUCCUUCCACUUCUACUCCGCGUGUUUCUCUGCACAGAGCCCAGGCUUCGAGAACCCGAUCAGCCCAAAUUAACUUCACUCCUGCACCAGCACACCCACGGCGAAAGGCGCAAGCCAGGACUGCAGCGAUGACCCAACCGCCGCCACUGGUCUUCGAGAUCCCGACCAGGAACAGCUUUGCCGCCCUCUGCGAGACAGAAUGCAACGCUGUGGUCAUCGGAGACUCAAUCGUCCGGAACGUACGCUCUUCCUCCACUAAAGGUAAGGUGCAAACUCAUUGUUUUCCUGGCGCCCGUGUUCUUGAUGUCUCUGCACAGGUACCUGCGAUCCAGAAGGACGAUGCUAAUGUCGGAGCUGUCGUGCUGCACAUGGGGGUGAAUGACGUCAGGAUGCGGCAGUCGGAGAUCCUGAAGAGGGACUUCAGGAGUCUCAUCGAGAUGGUACGCAACGCAUUGCCCACGGCGAGGAUCAUCGUAUCAGGGCCGCUUCCUACCUACCGACGAGGGAAUGAAAAGUUCAGUAGACUAUUUGCUCUAAAUAAAUGGUUGAUGUCAUGGUGUAUUGAACAGAAGCUGCUCUUUGUUGAUAAUUUUGAUCUGUUCUGGGAGCGACCUAGGCUCUUCCACCCUGACGGCCUGCACCCCAGCAGCACCGGAGCGGUUCUUCUGUCUGACAACCAGAGUUCGCAGCACGAUCUGAAUCAUCUGAAGCAGGAUUACUCACUCCUCGUAGCGCGAAACUUAAGAACACGCAGAACACAAAGAGCGUUGGAUGAAGUGGAUAUUAAUCUAUAUCUAUACAAUCAAAACUGCAAAUGUGUCAAAUUGUUUGCCAGCGAUGAUAAAUGCCCGCCAUAUGCGCGCACGACCUGUUCGUCAGACACAGCAACAUGCGCAUUACCUGUCAGACACAGAGACGUGGGCUUGCAGAAAUAUACAUUUGAAGAACAGAAGGAAGAAAACUUGUUGAUGGGCGUGUGGUUCACUGUUUACUGUUUGUUUACAAGGCUCGAUUCUUGCUCCUCUCCUCUUCAAUUGCUCCCACUUGGCCAAAUAAUGAAAAGGUACCAAAUUGCCUACCACAGCUAUGCAGAUGACACUCAGAUCUACCUAGCCCUCUCACCCAAUGACUACAGGCCUAUUGACUCUCUUUGCCAGUGCAUUGAUGAAAUUAACAGCUGGAUGUGUCAAAACUUCCUUCAGUUAAAUAAAAACAAAACUGAAGUCAUUGUUUUUGGUAACAAGGAUGAAACUAACAAGGUAAACACAUACCUUGACUUAAGAGGUCUAAAGACACAAAAUAGGGUAAAAAAUCUUGUCAUUUUAGAGUCUGACCUUAAUUUCAGACAUCAUGUCAAAGCAAUAAGCAAAUCAGCGUACCACCAUCUCAGAAACAGCCAAAAUCAGAUGUUUUGUCUCAAACCAAGAUUUAGAGAAACUAGUCCAUGCUUUCAUUACCAGCAGGGUGGAUUACUGUAAUGGACUCCUUACAGGUCUUCCCGAAAAAGACCACCAGACAGCUGCAGCUCAUACAGAAUGCUGUUGCCAGGAUUCUGAUCAAGUCCAAAAAAUCUGAGCAUAUCACUCCAAUCCUCAGGUCCUUACACUGGUUACCAGUUACUUUUGGAAUUAACUUCAAAGUAUUAUUAAUUGUCUAUAAAUCACUCAAUGGACUAGGACCUAAAUACAUUUCAGAUAUGCUUAUUGAAUAUAAACCAAACAGACUUCUCAGAUCAUUAGGAUCAAGUCAGUUAGAGAUAACAAGGGUUCACUCAAAACAAGGCAAGCCAGUGUUUAGCCAUUACGCCACCCGUAGCUGGAAUCUGCUUCCAGAAGACAUCAGAUGUUCACCAACAGUAGCUACUUUUAAAUCCAGAUUAAAAACACACUUGUUUAGCUGUGCAUUUACAACCUGAGCACUGUGCUGGUUUACAUCAACUGCACUUCUAUUUCUUUUUCUUUUGUUAUUAUUCUUUAUAUAUAUGUAUACACUCACAUUUUUAAUCAAUUUUUAUUGCUGUUUUAUUAUUUCUUAAAAUCUAAACUUGUAUUUGUGAUCUUAAAUCAUUUGCAUUUUAAAGAUACGUCUUAUUUUUCUUUGUCAAUCAUUUUAUGUAAAGCACUUUGUAUUGCCCUUGUGAAUUGCCCUUGCGUAUAGCAAGGCCUUGCCUUGCAAACAUCUGUUGGGACUGAAAAAACACCAAGAAAGCAAAAAAGUACAAGGCGGCAUUUGUCUUUUAUGGAACCAUAUUGGUUGCUAGUUUCAAUUUGAAAUGCAAUCCGCAAAAUGGCAAUGCAGUAUGUCAGUGGUUCCCAAACUGGGGUACGCGUUCCCCCAGGGGUACGCCAGGUGACGGAGGGGAUACGUGAACAAAAUCCUGAAAUCGUCUCGGUUACGUUUGUAACCUCGGUUCCCUGAUGGAGGGAACGAGACGUUGUGUCGAACCGACAGAUGGGGUUCGUCCCUGAGAACCAAUCGCUUCCAACUUCUUAGAAAAGGCCAAUGAAAAUUGGCGAAUGAAAUUUGCAUGCCGGACUCCGCCCCCGGAUAUCCGGGUAUAAAAGGGAGACGGCAUGCCUCAUUCAUUCACCUUAGUUCUGAGGAGCCUGAGACCUCUCACGACUGCUGCAGAGGACAGCACAUGUUGUGGCAAGAGGACACAACGUCUCGUUCCCUCCAUCAGGGUACCGAGGUUACAAACGUAACCGAGAUGUUCCCUUUCUGUCGGUCUCUCAAUGUUGUGUCGAACCGACAGAUGGGGUUCCUAUGGAAAAUGCCAUAACACUGUGCCCUGUCACAAUCUCUAGCGAAGCGACGGUGACUGGCCUGGGCGUGUCAGCCGUGAGCGCUACCUCGAAAUUGUAACCUACGAGUGGGUAGGUAGGGGGUCCCAGAGCUUUCUUGAAAGGUGGGAAGGCCCCCAGCUUCGGCCUCACAGGCGGCGGCCUUGUUUCUCUAACAGCGAGAAGCCGCCCGGAACCGUAAGGCCACUGGGUAAGCGCUACUUCCUCAAGUGGGGGAUGCACUACAGAGACCACUUCCUACCGCAGGGAGGAGUCUAGUGGAGAUACCAACAUGGUCUCACCGAUAGGGGAGAGCUCAUGGGAAGAAAGUGCAGAUUGAAGGAGUUAACCGUGAGGUGGAGGUCCACCUAAGGAGGUCAUGGGUUACCAAGGUGGGAACCAGCAUGAGGAUACAUCAGACGGAACCGCCCUACUGGGGGGUUGCAACGUCUGGUAGCACUAGGUCCGGUUAGAGCUAUGUUGCGAAUAACUCCGGAGAUACCCGGCCUAAGGGGCAGGGCUGCUCUGCCCAGCCCGCCCGCAGAAGGUGCUUGCUAGUGAUGGAUGGAGUGCCUGUUCUUCACCCAGUGGGGGAAGAAGGGAGGCUAGCAGUACGCUGACCCCCUUAGGAGAAAGGGGGGGUACUGUCAUAGGCGUACACCCUACUGGCCGCCGGUCUUGCCUGAUGCCUGCAAGACUCGAGCCGAUACCGGUUUUACGCGGAGGCUGUAGGACCUCGCGAAGGUGAUGGGUGUAGCCCAACCCACAGCUCUGCAGAUGUCUGCCAGAGAGGUGCCUCGAGCCAGUGCCCACGAGGAGGCUGUACUCCGUGUGGAGAGAGCUCUCACCCAGUGGGCGUAGGCGAUCUUAGGACAGGUACGCCAAAGUGAUGGCGUGCAUGAUCCAGUGCACCAAUCUCUGUUUGAGACAGCCCUCCCUGCUGAUCUCCAAAACAGACAAAGAGCUGCUCAGAGCUUCUGCGGCUCUGCGUGCGGUCCAAGCAGAGGCGCAAUGCGCGUACUGGACACAACACGGAUGGGGUUGGGUCUUCCUCCCCGGUGGGGAGCGCCUGUAAGUUCACCACCUGGUGUCUCGGGGGAGUGGUGGGAACUUUGGGCACGUAGCCGGGCCGGGGUCUCAAGAUAGCGUGAGAAUGACCGGGCCCGAGUUCUAGGCUGAUACUUGAUAUCCUCUGUCUGCUCCCUAACUGUCCCUAAAAGUAAUACUGACUUUCUCAGUAUUACUCACCUGUGCAAGGUUCAGCCAGAGGUGUCUCUCCUGGACCACAAGUGUAGACAUCGCCCGACCCAGGGCCCGCGCGAUCACCUUGGUCGCCCAAGAGCGAGGUCGGUGAAGCCGCGGAGUUCCUGCAUAAGCGCUGGGUCGGUCUUACUCUCGUGGAGCUCUCUCCGCGCAUUGGCCUGCAGGAAGGCCAUAGCGUGGAGAGAGGGGACAGCUUGGCCCGCAGCAGAGUAAGCUCUCGACACCUCAGAUGCCGAAAAGCCUACGUGCUUUGGACGGGAGUCUAGGUCGAGCCCCUGGGGGACAUCGACGUAUCCUCUAGCUGCCCCACCAUCGAGGGAAGAAAGGGUGAUGGAACUAGUUGACGUGUACGCGCCGAAGGGGGCGUUCCAGGUCGUACUAGGUUCCUCAUGCACUUCCGGGGGAACAUGGCACUGGGGGCGAGUGCGGCUUGGAGCCGCUCUCAAGCCCGAUGUACCGUGUAUCCAGCCUCGAACGUUGGGAGAGGCAGUGCGGUGCACCGCAACCCAAUGCCGGCAGCCCGGGAAAGCAUGGCUGACAUUUCGACGUCUGCUUCUUCCUGAUCUCGACCCCCCGAGGGAGGGAGCUUCAAGGAAUCGUCGGAGUCUGAUGCCAGUAAGUCACCCUCCGAUGCUGCAAUAGACAUCUCAUCAUCACGUACCGUGUCCGAUACGUGAUUGAGGAAUAAGACGGCGGACCGUCUCAUGGGGAACGGUCAGACGAGCAAGACGAGGUGCGAACGGUCCGCAAGCCAGUGGCUGAUGGAUUAGCGCUCACAAUAAUCCUCAUAUCACCCUCGCUGCUCGCCGUAGCGGGCAGCAGGGCCGUAGUCCUGCCGUCACGGAACGGGAAGCAGACGAGGUGGUGGCUGAGUCCCGUGGGAGCACAGCCACCUGUAACACAACAUCUGAAUCGUCAACCGCCCGCAGUGCAGGCAGGACGUAUCCACAACAUCUGCCCCAGCGUACUGGAAGCAGACAUCGUGUCCGUCCCCCUUCUCGAUGAGUGUGUUGCACCCACGAGGACAUGCCACGCUGGAGAAAUUUCCUCUUUUAGAGAAAAAACUCGAACACUUCUGGAACCGCUGAGACGCCCAGGGUAAGUCGCUGCAGGAAGGGACAGUCCGCUGCACUACGUCGUAGAGCCGGCAGUCUUGUAGCGAAGUCUGUUGAUCAUGAGCGAAGGCUCCGAAGAACAAAAGGUGAAUGAAUGAGGCACGCCGUCUCCCUUUUAUACCCGGAUAUCCGGGGGCAGAGUUCGGCAUGCAAAUUUCAUUCGCCAAUUUUCAUUAAAGGAAAAUUCUUAAGGAAGUUUUGAAAGAUGCUGUAAAAAUUGUGAACUUUAUUAAAGCAAGGCCUUUGAAUUCUCGUUUGUUUUCUGCAUUGUGCAAUGAAAUGGGCAGCGAACACGUCACAUUGUUACUACAUACUGAUGUGCGAUGGCUGUCCAGGGGAAAGUUCUCACACGAUUGUUUGAAUUGAGGGAUGAACUUAAAGCUUUUUUUAUCGACCAUCCCUUUGAAUUGAGUAACCGCUUACAUGACGAAGAGUGGCUUAAAAUAUUGGCCUAUCUGGGUGAUGUUUUUUCCCGUCUGAAUGAGUUGAACAUCGGAUUGCAGGGAGUUGCCACAACCAUAUUUAAUGUAAAGGACAAAACUGAGGCCAUGAUCAGAAAGUUUGCUCUCUGGACUAAUUGCAUUAACGAGAACAACACCGAAGCCUUUUCAUCAUUGCAUGAUUUUUUGCUAGCAAACGAACUCAGCCUUACUAACAGCGUUAAGCGUGACAUAAUGAAACACCUUUCUGAGCUGUCUUCGCAGUUGCGGAAGUACUUUCCCGAGACAGACAAUUCAAACACCUGGAUUCGCAAUCCAUUCUCUGCAAACAGCACAGCGCACAUUCCUGUUUCUGAGCGCGAGUCUCAUUGAAAUCUCUACGAGGGGCGCUUUAAGAAUUGACUUCGCACAAAAUUUACUGACAGACUUCUGGAUAGCUUUGCAUGCAGAGUAUCCUGCCUUAGCCGAUCGCGCUUUGAAAACAUUACUGCCCUUCUCCACAACGUAUCUUUGCGAGAGUGGGUUUUCAGCACUUGCCCACAUAAAGAACAAAUAUCGACACAGACUCUGCAUAGAAAAUGAUUUGAGACUCAGACUUUCUCCGAUACAACCAAACAUCACAGAGUUAUGCAAGUCAUUUCAAGCACAUCCAUCUCAUUAAACAGUGAGUCAUUUAUUUAUAUAUGAGUCAUAUAUCAUUUAUUGUUUGAUAAAAGAAAACUACAUGUAUUUAGAAUGCAAAUAAAAAAAUGUUAGAGACCACAAUUGUGACUGUAAGAAAGGGGGUACGCAGAAUGAUGUUAAAUCCCUGGGGGGUACACCAUUGUAAAAAGUUUGGGAACCACUGCAGUAUGUAAAAUGACAAUGCAAUUGUGUAUUUAAAUAUACAUUUGAAAUAACAUAUGUGCAACAUUAAGUGCAAAAUGAAAAUAAAAAAUAAAUUAUAUCAAUUGCAUUUGACAGUUCCAACACUAGUUUU